CCAAGACAACAAGCUACCACCUCUCUCUCUCUCUCUCUCUCUCUCUCUCUUUUUCUUGUGCUUUCAUUUCUUCAUCAAACUACUCCUCCCACCCAAUUCUCAACCCUUCUUCUCGACACAAUAUCAAUGGCUCUGUUGCAGCCAUUUUUCUCUGUUAUUUUCUUCUCGAAAACCCUCCAUUUCUCACCCCCACCCAGAAAAACACCAACAUUAACGACCAUUCAAACAAACAGAGUUGUCCCUCUCCUCCAACCAUUCAAACCCCAUCAUCAAUCACACCCAUUGAAGAACUGGACAAAAUGCUCUGCUGUGGCAGAGAUUGGUGGUGGGUUAGCAGUAGAAGAUGAAGGAUCAGAAGGGGAUGAACAGAGUGUUCUUGUGGGUCCUUCUACUGAAGAGGGCGUGAGUUCUGAGAGGGUUUCAGUGGACUAUGAUUGGACUCAGGAAUGGUACCCACUUUAUCUAACCCAGGAUGUUCCAAAAGAUGCUCCUUUGGGUCUCACUGUUUUUGAUAAACAGCUUGUUCUGUAUCAAGAUGGUAAGGGUGUGUUUCGGUGUCAUGAAGAUCGGUGUCUCCAUAGGUUAGCAAAACUCUCUGAAGGCCAGUUGGUUGAUGGAAGGCUGGAAUGCCUGUACCACGGUUGGCAAUUUGAAGGUGGGGGUAAAUGUGUGAGGAUACCUCAGCUUCCCGCCAAUGCAAGGAUUCCCCAAUCAGCUUGUCUUAAAACAUAUGAGGUUCGGGAAUCCCAAGGAGUCGUGUGGGUAUGGAUGUCCCAAAAGAUACCGCCAAAUCCUAGUAAAUUGCCUUGGUUUGAAAAUUUUGCCCGGCCCGGGUUUCAAGAUACUUCAACAACACACGAACUUCCUUACGAUCAUUCCAUACUUCUCGAGAACCUUAUGGAUCCGGCCCAUAUCCCUAUCUCCCACGAUAGAACUGAUUGGACGGCGAAAAGGGAAGAUGCCCAACCAUUACUAUUCAAAGUUACUGAAAGAACAGAUCGAGGGUUUGCGGGUUGGUGGGGCAAAGAAAAAGAUCAAUCCAUGCCAAAUUUCUUACGGUUUGAAGCACCAUGCGUUCUACAGAACAACCGAGAGCUUGUUGAUGAGAAGGGGGAGAAAAACUAUUUUUCGGGCCUCUUUCUUUGUACGCCAUCUGGGCAAGGCAAAUCCCUGCUCAUUGUGAGGUUUGGAGGCACAAAAAGUUCCCCGCUCGCAAAAUUGUUCCCAAAAUGGUAUUUCCAUCAGAACGCGAGUAAGGUUUUUGAGCAAGAUAUGGGUUUUCUCUCAUCCCAAAACGAAGUUUUGUUGAAAGAAAAAGUUCCCACAAAAGAAUUGUACAUUAAUUUAAGGUCAUCAGACACAUGGGUUGCAGAAUACAGGAAGUGGAUGGACAAAGUAGGGGACGGGAUGCCUUAUCAUUUCGGCCACAGCACAAUUUCACUGCCUAAAGUGCCUGCUGUGGUGGAACACGCUCCGGCUGGACUUGUUGCCAGCAUUUCAGCUUCUUUGCCGGCCAAGGGAGGAAUCGGGACAAUGUACGCGCCAAACCUUUCCAACAGAUAUUUCCGGCAUCUAAUCCAUUGCAAGGAAUGCAGAAGUGUUGUUAAAGCAUUUCAAGCAUGGAAAAAUGCUCUCUCGAUCAUUGCUCUCGUGUCGACUGCAUUUGCAAUUCUUGUGUCAGGAAGGCAGUGGAAGACCCUUUUCUUGGUUUGGACAACCCUAUGCUUGGCGGGAAUCUAUGCAUGCUCGACUGCAAUUGCAAUGAAUACAACAAACUUCAUAAGGAUACACAGAAGACUGUAAGCCAAGAAUGGUAAGCAAUUGGAAGAUCAACAUUAUAGUUUACUUCGAAGUCCGUCCAUUUGCAUCACGCCACCCAAGAGUGCCUUCAUGUUGAGGUUUUAGAUUUAUUUUGCCAGGCAUGCUAAGCUGUGUAUUUUAUUGAAGUCUUAUGUAUAUGUAUAUAUGUACGUGUGUGAGAUGUAGAUGUAUAAGAUUUGUAUUUGUAUAUAUUAAAAGUGUUCUUGAAUAUUUUAAAUAUUUCAAUUCAUCAUGUA